AUAUUCGCUGCAUUGUUGGCAAAAUAGCCACAAUCAAUUAACCGAUUCAGCUUAAAGACUAUUCCUUCAGAAAUUUAUAAUUUUAACGCAUUUCUGUUGAGAUUUGCAAUGGAUUUUGGAAGCGAAAAUAAAUUAAAGAUCAGGUCUUAUAUUGAUGAUUUGUUAAAAGAUAAAAUCCAGCGUCGAAAAUUGUAACCAUUUGUGAACACACACUUUAAACAACGUGUUCGCAGAAUUAUAGAUUGUUGGUGCUUACGUAUUCACAUCAAAUCAUUUGAAAGGAUUUAACAUAUUUUGCUUGUUAUAAAACAAUAACCCAUUACCAUGGCUAUGCGUCGACCUCGUAUAAAAGCGGCUGCGCUUUUAACAACUAAGCGAAAAUCUCGGGAUGUCAAAUCUGAAAAUGUAGUAAAAUCUGCCGUUGAAAGUGCCAAACCAACGGAUGCAAAGUCAUCUCAUCAACAAAUUGAUAAUUUGGAAGAUCUGAAAAGUACAACUGAUGGUGCUAGUAAGACGAAUAAUGCUACCGAAAGUAUUUCUUCUGAAAUUAUAGAGAAUAAACAAACGGAUGAUGCGAAUGAACUCAACGCUAACAGUGAUCAUAUUGCAAAAGCAGACCAAUCGUCCGACAAUAUAUCAGAAAAUAAUGAGAGUAAUGAAAUAUUUCAAGAUAAGUCAGAAAACAAGGUAGAAGAAUCCAAUUCUUCAUUUAAAUGUCCCGCUCGUGUUGAAAAUGUACGCAGUAAUAGUCAAACUACGGCAAAUACCGGGUCCGAUGAUGUUUUCUACUCUGAUAUGGAGGAGAGUAUUUUACAAUCGGAUAUGCAAAAAACGACCAGUGAUUAUGGUACACUGCCAACAAAGCAACAAGGGCGACAAAGAAUACGUCCAGUACCUACAUUUCCAAGGCGUAAUAGUCUUGUAGCUAUGGGGAGUCCUUCACAAAGCUCGUUAGACGAAGCAACAGUUCUUGAUAUGCCUACAGAUCAUCCAAAACCAACUGUGGUGACUGAAACCUUAGAAACAAGUAAUUCCCAGAAGAUGCAACCAAUAACGCAUAGGAGAGAGCGCCAUUAUUCGGCCUCAAUGGCUCAAUCACCACAUUCUGCUAUGGGUCACCACCAUUAUACUCCACACAAAUUCACACCUGCAAUGGGACUUAGUCGCAUACGCACAGAAUCCAAUUGUUCGGCGUUUUCAGAUUCUUUCGUACCACCAUCAAAACUACGAAAAAAUGACGAACAUAAUAAUCGUACUAAUUCCAGGCGUGACGUAUCGUUACGAAUUGUAAAUGGUAAUUUAGAUAAAUCGUCUUUAAAAAUGUUCGAUUUAAUCUACUACAAUCCUGUCACAAAUCCCAUGGAGAAACGUAACACAAUUUCCACUAUUAAGAAAGAACCUAAAAUAGAAGAAAGUGAUACGAAAAUAAUAACAAACGCAGAAUCUAAAGUGGAAAUAGCUGAUGGAACAAAUAACGCUAUGCCUGUGCCACAACUUAAGUUAAACGCAAAUGGCGACCUAAUUCUCGAUGAGAAAACUUUAGAAAUUGAAACCACUGCAGAACAAGAGGCACGCAAAGUACUAGCAAAUUCCUCACUUAUAUUUCUUGAUGAAAAUACUGGGAUGAACGGUUUCUAUAAGCGUCAAAAACGCACAAAGGAUUGGCCACCGGAAGAGACUAUAAAGUUUUAUCGUUGUUUACAAACGGUAGGAACCGAUUUUUCACUCAUGUGCCAAUUAUUUCCCAAGCGGACAAGACGGGAUUUGAAACUAAAAUUCAAGAAAGAAGAACGUAAUAAUUUAGCUUUAAUCAAUAAGGCCUUGUUGUAUCCGAAGCUUUUUAACAUUGACGAUUUAAAAACGCAAUUAGAGACUGAAGAAAGGGAGCGAGAAGAAGCCAUACAGCGUUGGAAGGAGAUUCACGAAAAAGAGGCCAAAACCAUUAAAAAGGUAAAAAUCAACAGUAGUACAGCGGCGCGUGCACUCAAAAACGGCGAUGAUAUAUAUGAAAAUGAAAACAUUGUAAAGCGAAAACUUAGUCGUCGAUCUAACGCAAGUGAAAAGCAAAAGACUGAUAGCGCAAAAAAAUCAAGAGCAUCACUUUCAAGUUCCAAUGAAACGGGAGUAGCGCGGCAGCAAAAACAAAAACUGAAAACAAAGCAGGGAUUAUUGCACGAUAAUUCUGAAGAAGCAUUGCCAGUUCAACCGCAGUGUGGUACAAUGCCAUUGCCAACACAAUCAAGUGAGAUCGCAGCUGUGAAACUUGAAGUUGCACCAAACUAUACAGUUAAAGCUGAACAUCUUACUAACGAAAGUAAUUCCUUUAACAAUGAAAUGCGCUCAGUAAAUGUUGAAAGAAACUUGGAUAUGAUGAGUCAUUUAGAUGCAAUGGCAGAGGAAUUUAUAAACCUUAUAGCACCAACAAGCUGUGAUGCAACACCACCUGUAAAUGAAUUAACUACACCAAAUAAGGACAAUUGUUCAGAAUCUUCCGCGGCACGAGUUGAAAGCAAAACAUUUGUCGAUUUAGAUGAUGGCACAGUGAAUACGUUGCAAGGCGCAGAGGAAAGUUUAGCGGUAAUGGAUGUAAUGCCGGCUACACCGUCAUCAAUUUCGCAACGAGAAGUAGACGAGUGUGAUAUUCAACAAAUAUUGAUGGAUUUGGCAGAUGGAUCUUUGGUGCUGGUUUCCACGUUAGACCCUGACAAUGCCGAUCAAGUCGUAAACGAAAUAUAUAUGAUGGAUAAAGUAACGGGAGAGUUGUGUGAAAAGCCGUUAGAUAUACCGGAAUCAAUCGUGCAGUGCGUUUUGUCUGUGAUGAACUAAAUUUAAAUUGUUGAGAAGUUAAAGACGUACAUGGUACAAAUAAAGCUUUUGUAUUACUUCAUUUCAAUGGCGAGUGAUGUGUUUGCCUUAAAUUUUCACUUAUGCAGUUUCUUUGUUCCAAUGCAUUUACUAUAGAUUUUUGUAUUAAGUUUUUUAUAUUUAUAUUUUAAUCGUAUAUGUUGAAAUUUCUGAUUUGUAAAUAAAAAAUUCUGCGAAUUAUAACAAUGGAAGGCUUAAAGUUAAAAA